AUGUCUCAGUAUUACCAUACAUCAGCACAGCGAUCAACGGCGGUUAAUAUAGCUCUUACGGGUAACUUCACAAGCCCGGAUGGUUUAAAUCUUAUUCUCAUCAAGAAUUCGUACAUUGAAAUAUACGAUAUUACUAGCGAAGGCUUACGGGUAGUUCGGGAUAUACCCUUAAAUGGUACAAUUUUGACUGCUUUGCUUUUUCGCCGAAGAAAUCGAAAAUAUGAUUCGUUGUGCAUUGUUACUUUGAGGGCUGACCUGAUCAUAUUGGAAUGCGUUCCUUCAAAAGAUUCCAUCGAUUUUGUGACAGUUUUUCGUAAAAGUAUUGACUCCAGGGGUCAUCACUUGCUGCAUCAUGGCGUUACUGCACUGGUGGAUCCAACCUCAACCUUUAUUGCUAUUCGAUUGUUCCAUAAUUUGAUGAAAAUUAUCGAGAUAGAUCAUAUUCCCUUUCUUCCAGGAGUUAAGAUCGAUGAAUCCAAAAUUCAUGCUGUAAAGUAUGUUAUUAUUUAUUCAUGCAUAAAUGAGAUUAGGUUGGACGAGGGAAACGUAAUUGAUUUAACCUUUAUAAUUGGAUACGGAUAUCCAACAUUUGCGAUGAUCUGCGAAGAUCAAGGGGCUGCUCAUUUAAGGAUGUAUGAGUUCAAUCCAAAGGAUCACGUUUUGGUUCCACUGCCUGCGAAUUUUAGUGCCAUCGAAACUACUUCACGAAUGCUCGUCCCUGUUGCGGCUCCUUUUUACGGUUUCCUGGUUGUUGGUGAUGAAAUGAUUUCCUACCAUUCUCCCAACAAACCUCACAUAACUACAUGCAUUCCUCAAAAGACGCUAUCCAAAGUAGUUGCAUACGCUCAGGUUGAUAAUAAGAGAUAUCUCAUGGGCAAUCUUUGUGGAGAACUAUUCAUGGUUCAUCUUGUAGGGGCUGAAGUUGAUCCUUCGGCUCCGUUGUCAACAUUUUUAGAGCGUCUGCGCAUAGAACGUCUCGGUAUAACCUCAGUUCCCGAGUCAAUUGUUUAUCUGGAUAAUGGAGUAGUCUUUAUUGGCUCGUACUUUGGUGACUCGCAGUUAAUCCACCUUCAUUCUGAUAUGGAUCCUGAUACAAAGUGUUACUUCGAUGUCUGUGAAGAAUAUCCGAAUCUCGGUCCAAUCGCCGAUAUGAUCUUCGUUGAAAAUGAGGGCCAAAAUCAGCUCAUCACCUGUUCUGGUUACUCUAGAGACGGCUCUCUUCGAAUCAUUCGAAAUGGCAUUGGAAUUCAAGAGAUUGCUACUAUUGCUCAAGAGCAUAUGAAUGGCGUCUGGUGUAUCCCUUGCAAUUCAGAAGUUUAUGAUGAUGCUAUGAUUUGUUCAAUGAAAAGGAGGAGCAGGAUCAUACGCGUUAUAGGAGAUGAUUUGGCACCAUUGAAGUUAGAGGGUUUUGUGAGGGAUGAUCGAACACUUUAUUGUGCUGCAGUGUAUUCUCAAGGCCACAAGAAAUUCCCUAGACCUCUCCUUCUGCAAGCCACAAAUGAUACCAUAUGGCUUAUCGGCAUCCAAGGGCUUUAUGGCAAGGGCUGCUUGGCUACAUGGAAAUCGCCAACUGGAAUGAGUCUCUCUUCUCUGACUUCCAGGGGAGAUCUUGUGGUUGUGGCUUCGGGUAAUAGCAUUUUCGCUUUACGCAUCACCGGUACUCCAGACAAACCCGUUUUCACUCAAAUAGGGUAA